AUUUUCUUUCCCUUAGAACAAUCUAUCACUAGUUAUUUCUGAUUUCAAUUCGAAACCAGUGAAAAAGAAUGAAGCUGUUCAUAUAUAGCAUAUCGAUUCUUUACUUUGUUUACCAAUGUGAUUGUGAAAACCCCACAUACACAACAAUGUACGAUGGUAUUGAUUUAGAUGAAAUUCUAAGCAGCGAUAGAUUACUAGCAGGAUACGUGAAUUGCCUACUAGAUAAAGGACCUUGUACUCCAGAUGGGAAGGAAUUAAAAAGAAAUCUACCAGAUGCAAUUGAAAAUGACUGCAGCAAAUGUACCGAAAAACAGCGCGAUGGUGCGGAUAAGGUUAUGCAUUACUUAAUCGAUCAUAAGCCAGAAGACUGGAUAAAACUAGAGGAAAAAUAUAACCCUGAUGGCACAUACAAAUUAAAAUACAUAACAAAUCAACAAAAGGAUGAGUCUGAAUCGAAGGAAAACAAGAAUGAUGAAGGUCAUGGAGACGACGAUGGCGACAAAGAUGAUGACGUCUCGUAUAACAAGGAUCCGACUCCAAGAAUGGAUUCUAAAGAAUAAAUGAAUGUUAAAACUUUUUAUCAAAUUACAAUACAACUAAUACACGAACUAGUUUUUGUAAAACGUAUUUAGUAGGUUUUCGAA